AUGAAGUUCACAACAUUAAUUACUACCCUUCUCUCUAUCACAACUGGGGCACAACUCGCUUCGGCUGCCUGUUGCGACCUCAAAGUCUGCGAUGGCUUCAACCUCAAGGGCAGAUGCAAGACUUCUUGCUACCAAUACACCAAUACGCCGAUCGCCAUCAAUGGAGAUGGAUUGAAGGGGCCUAUCGCUUCUGGCAAGACUGACACGGAUUGCAGAUGUACCUUGGGAAAGGACAACCAAUCCUGCAUGCUCGUCAACUCCAACAAAAGGGGCACCAAUGCCCCUAACCAUUGCCUCACUGGUAUUGCUUUUGCCCAAUGCCAGCGUGCUUAA